GGUGUAUGUGAUUUUGCACAUCUUUAUUGAAAAGCAAAUAAGCUCAUAUGCCAGGUUUUCAAAUUGACUGAGGGAUAGGGGCCUACACUUACAGGAAGGAUAGGAACUCGUGAAUCACCUGAGGGACAUAAUUCAGUCAACUGUUGAGUCCAUUAGGAAAUACCUAAACAACAAAGAAAAACAGCAUUUUCAUUUCUAGAAGUGCUAAGGCCUUAACAUAAACAUGGGAUUCUUCUUACUAAAAGAUGAUAGUGCUCUGGCUUGCAUAGAAUUUUUUCCUGAACCACUUCAGUCCUGUUUAAUUGGUGAUGGGUGUAGAAUAACUUUUGCCAAGGUUGAUAUUUUUUCACUUAAUCAUAAUAGCCCUCAAGAUUCAUUUUGGAGGCAGGUGUAUGAGUUUUAUCUCAUAAGUAGAAAAAUUCCCCAGUGCCUUGCAUCAGUAGUACUUGGCUCUGCCUUCAACAUCUUCCAUAAAGAAAGCCUAACUUACGACAAGGUAAAGAAAGACCAGAGGGUUGCAUCCUGCACCUAACCCCUCUUAUGUAUCUGCUACCUUCAAGGAACUUAGCUCAUUAAAAGCAUUUUUCUGGAUUAUUCCUGGUUCCAGAAAUAGACCCAGACCCAGAUGACACUUUCAAACUUUCAUUCCAGGCCAGAUCUGGAAUGACCUGGUCAUUGCUCCUACCUUCCUUAACUCAGUCACCUUCUGUAUUGGAGGACUAUGCCAGGAAUAUUGGACUUUUCAUAUUUUCCAGAAUAUACUGAUUUCAAAGUAAGGAAAGUAGGGUGUAAGACACUUUGGAAUCCUUUACUUUGAGUAAAAACUGCCUGAGGGAAAACCACCAUGAGAAAAUCCACUUAACAUUUUAUCACAUGAUUGGUGCUCAUGAGACAAAAUUCAAAAUUUUAGUUAUUUUCCAAAAUGUAAUAGUGGGAAAUGAAUAUCUAACAUUUAUUUUGUCUCCUUGCUUCCUUGACUGUUAUGUCUUUUAUUCUUGUUUAUACAAAUGGAAAUUCAAAAGUAUCUGGGUCCCAUUUCUAGCAGAGGUCACUGAACACAGUUUAGCUUUGUACUCAUUGGUCCAUUUUCCUUUCUAUGAGUGAAUAUUCUCUCUUAAUUGAAGGAACAUUUGAUUUCAGGUGACAUUUUUUAAGUUCCUGAACCAGUAAGGGGUAGCAAGCCUAUUGGCUUGGCUUUGUACUUGGAUAUGAAAAAAGGGGUUCUCCAAGGUUUAAGUAUACUCAUCUCUGGCUUUGAAUCAAUGGAGUCAGCUGUGUUCAGGGGGCACCAGUUUGAAGUGAUGUUUAAUUCAAGACUUUUUAUCAGAUUGCACUUAAUUUGGUUUGGGAUUUAAUGGUAGGUGUGCAUGUAUGUAUAUGUAGGUAACAUUUAAAAAAUUUCUUAGUCUCUUGCAUAUGAUAUAGUAUACCUGGGCCCUUUCAUUGCUUUUCCAGUCCCCACCAGAUGGGAAAUUCAUUUUUACAUAUUCCUUUAUCAUACUACUCACCUUUAAUUUAUUAUCAUGUAAUCUUAUUACAUGGAAAAAUUCCUUUCUCUUUGUGUAAAAAUUCAUCGAUUUGGCCCACAAACUUCUAAACUUUUCCAAAAUUCUUGAAUUUUUUUUUUCCUCUGACCCCAGGUUCUACUUGUCCUUAUGGAAGUUCCAGGGCAGCGGUGGCGGCAACAGCAGCAGCAGCAGCAGCAGCAGCAGCAGCAACAACAACAGCAACAACACAGUUAACCUAGUUUUGCUCACUUAGCAUUUCUUAACAACCUGUCCUUUCCCUGUGUUCAGUCCACAGGUCAUGGAUCUCCAGAACAAGAUUGUACCACUACCCUUUCGUUUCUGGGCUGCUGCCUUCCUGCUGCUGUGGCUGCUGCUUUCCUAGAAACCACAAUCAUGGGUUCAGGUCCCAUAGACCCCAAAGAGCUUCUUAAGGGCCUGGAUAGCUUCCUGAACCGAGAUGGGGAAGUCAAGAGUGUGGAUGGGAUUUCCAAGAUCUUCAGCCUGAUGAAAGAAGCACGGAAGAUGGUGAGUCGAUGCACUUAUUUGAACAUUCUCCUGCAGACCCGUUCAUCCGAAAUACUGGUCAAGUUUAUUGAUGUUGGUGGCUACAAGCUUCUUAACAAUUGGCUGACAUAUUCAAAGACAACCAACAACAUUCCCCUCCUCCAGCAAAUUCUGCUGACCCUCCAGCACCUACCGCUCACUGUGGAUCAUCUCAAGCAGAACAACACUGCUAAACUGGUGAAGCAACUGAGCAAGUCAAGUGAGGAUGAAGAGCUCCAAAAAUUGGCCUCAGUCCUUGUCAGUGACUGGAUGGCUGUCAUUCGUUCCCAAAGCAGUACCCAGCCUGCUGAGAAAGAUAAGAAAAAACGUAAAGAGGAGGGAAAGAGUCGAGCCACUCCUCCUGAACGACCUUUGACUGAGGUGAAGGCUGAGACCAGGGCUGAAGAGGUCCCAGAGAAGAAGAAGGAGAAACCCAAGUCUCUUCGAACCACAGCACCAAGUCAUGCUAAGUUCCGUUCCACUGGACUAGAGCUGGAGACACCAUCUUUGGUACCUGUGAAGAAGAACGCCAGUACAGUGGUAGUUUCUGACAAGUAUAACCUCAAACCCAUCCCCCUCAAGCGCCAGAGCGCCACAACUACUCCAGGAGAUGCUGCCCCUCCUGCAGAGAAGAAGUAUAAGCCCCUCAACACAACACCCAAUGCCACCAAAGAGAUCAAAGUGAAGAUCAUCCCUCCACAGCCUAUGGAGGGCCUGGGCUUUCUGGAUGCUCUCAAUUCGGCCCCUGUUCCAGGCAUCAAAAUUAAAAAGAAGAAGAAGGUGCUGUCACCUACUGCUGCCAAGCCAAGCCCCUUUGAAGGGAAAACAAGCACAGAACCAAGUGCAGCCAAACCUUCUUCCCCAGAACCAGCGCCCCCUGCUGAGACAAUGGACAUAGACCGCCCGGGCACCCCAGUGCCACCUGUUGAAGUCCCUGAGCUCAUGGAUACAGCCUCUUUGGAACCAGGAGCUCUGGAUGCAAAACCAGUGGAAAGCCCCGGAGAUCCUAGCCAGCUGACCCGGAAGGGAAGGAAAAGGAAAACUGUGACAUGGCCUGAGGAGGGCAAACUAAGAGAAUAUUUCUAUUUUGAACUGGAUGAAACUGAACGAGUAAACGUAAACAAGAUCAAGGACUUUGGUGAGGCAGCUAAAAGAGAGAUAUUGUCAGACCGACAUGCAUUUGAGACGGCCCGGCGUCUAAGUCAUGAUAACAUGGAGGAGAAGGUGCCCUGGGUGUGCCCUAGGCCCCUGGUUCUGCCCUCACCUCUUGUCACCCCUGGAAGCAACAGCCAAGAGCGAUACAUCCAGGCUGAGCGGGAGAAAGGGAUACUUCAGGAGCUCUUCCUGAACAAGGAGAGUCCUCAUGAGCCUGAUCCUGAGCCCUAUGAACCCAUACCUCCUAAACUCAUUCCGCUAGAUGAGGAAUGUUCCAUGGAUGAGACCCCGUAUGUUGAAACCCUGGAGCCUGGGGGGUCAGGUGGCUCACCUGAUGGGGCUGGAGGCUCCAAGCUGCCUCCAGUUCUAGCCAAUCUUAUGGGAAGCAUGGGUGCUGGGAAAAGCCCCCAAGGGCCUGGAGGAGGAGGCAUCAAUGUCCAGGAGAUUCUUACCUCUAUCAUGGGCAGCCCAAACAGUCAUCCCUCAGAGGAACUACUGAAACAGCCAGACUAUUCAGACAAGAUCAAGCAGAUGUUGGUGCCACAUGGACUUCUAGGUCCUGGUCCAAUAGCCAAUGGUUUCCCACCAGGAGGCCCUGGGGGUCCCAAAGGCAUGCAGCACUUCCCCCCUGGGCCUGGGGGACCUAUGCCAGGUCCCCAUGGAGGCCCUGGUGGACCAGUGGGUCCACGUCUUCUGGGCCCCCCACCCCCUCCCAGGGGUGGUGAUCCCUUCUGGGAUGGCCCAGGUGACCCCAUGCGGGGUGGCCCAAUGCGGGGGGGUCCAGGACCUGGUCCUGGACCAUACCAUAGAGGCCGAGGUGGCCGAGGAGGAAAUGAGCCACCACCGCCACUUCCAUUCCGAGGGGCCAGAGGAGGUCGCUCUGGAGGAGGACCUCCAAAUGGACGAGGGGGUCCUGGUGGGGGUAUGGUUGGAGGUGGUGGGCAUCGUCCUCAUGAAGGCCCCGGUGGGGGCAUGGGCAGCAGCAGUGGACAUCGUCCUCAUGAAGGCCCCGGCGGGGGAAUGGGCAGUGGCAGUGGACAUCGUCCCCAUGAAGGCCCUGGCAGUGGCAUGGGUGGUGGCAGUGGCCAUCGUCCUCAUGAAGGCCCUGGUGGAGGAAUGGGCAGUAGUCAUCGUCCCCAUGAAGGCCCUGGUGGAGGAAUGGGCAGUGGACAUCGUCCCCAUGAAGGCCCCGGUGGUGGCAUGGGUGGUGGCAGUGGACAUCGCCCCCAUGAAGGCCCCGGUGGUGGCAUGGGUGCCAGUGGUGGACAUCGCCCCCAUGAAGGCCCUGGUGGGAGCAUGGGUGGAAGUGGUGGCCAUCGCCCCCAUGAAGGCCCUGGACACGGGGGACCCCAUGGCCACCGACCACAUGAUGUUCCUGGUCACCGAGGCCAUGAUCAUCGAGGGCCACCUCCUCAUGAGCACCGUGGCCAUGAUGGCCCUGGCCACGGGGGAGGAGGCCACCGAGGGCAUGAUGGAGGCCACAGUCAUGGAGGAGAUAUGUCAAACCGCCCUGUCUGUCGACAUUUCAUGAUGAAGGGCAACUGCCGCUAUGAGAACAACUGUGCCUUCUACCACCCGGGUGUCAAUGGGCCCCCCCUGCCCUAGGGACCACCUGCCAACCCCGCCCACAUGCCCCCCUGUGGACUGCAGCCUUGCUCCUUCCAUCCUGUUAUGGCUUCUGUGAGGCCCAAUUUCCCCUUUCCCCAGCUGAUGAGGAGCCGGCCCCCUCAGUUCCCACCUGUUUGGGUUCCUGGGGAUUUUCUGAUCACUGGUGCGCAUUGAUGUACAUAUUUUCCUCCAGUCUGGGGAGGAGAGAGACUGGACACAUUCUGUAACCUGGACUGCUGAAGAGGAGACCCAGUUGGCUUCACUUUAUGAGGAGAUUCGCCCUGUGUCCCAAACCCCAUUCCAGUAUUACCCCUAAUGCCUGAGAACCUAAAGCUGGUUAUCCUGGAGAACACCUCUACUCUCCUAUUGUGGGUCCUCCACAUGCACACAGAACUCAGACAUGGGAUCCGCUGCACUUAGGAAUAUCAUCCCAGCCAAGUUCAUUAUUCCUCAUGGGGUGGGGAGAUGGUAGGGGUAUUAUAUAUCCCACUGCACUGAGGGCUCAAUCAGGCUGGAUUUGAGUUCUGAAACACAUCAUCCCCAUUCCUGCCCCAACUUGGGCUUUAUAUUCUUGAGUUCUUUCUCAAGACUUUGCAACUUUCUUUCUACACCCAAGUUUGCAUCAUGGGUCUGCUAGGUUCGAUGAUGGCAAAUUUAUGUCUGCAUCUAUCCAGUGAAAGUUUUAUCUGGCAGAGGUGUGGCCCGUGGUGUCGGUCUGCCCUUGCCAACCUGCUGUUCUGGAGACUUCAUAAAACACUUCAGUGAGACCAACUUUUCAUCAAUUUAAGCCCACUAUGCUGGGCCUGACAGUCACACUACAUGCACUGCCUUUGGGAGUUUGCUUGCUCCUUACCCCCACUUGGAACCUUGUCAGUGUGAGACUUCCAGCAAUCUUGCCCUGUCAGCCACCUCUGAAUCCCCACCAGGUGCUUCCUGGGUGGAUUCAAUAAGAUGAUUUUUGCCCCUUCCCAGUCCUUCCCUUCACCUGUCUUGGCAUCAGUUGUUUUCUAUGAAAACAGUGGAUUGGUUGGGUUUUGUGCAGGGUCUUUGGUUAGAGCCACAAUGGAUUUGAGGAUGAGUAUUUCUUUUUCUUUUGGUUUUGUAUAUUUUGUACAUUAAUAAUAAACAGUGGAAAGAGAAGCAGCUU